CACUUGCUGGAGCGAAUCCGUAGUAGUUGUUUCCCAAGGAGGGUCUGGGAGCACUCGGUGACACCGCCUAGGUCUGGUUUCCCUAGGAAACAACCCACGCAUCAGGGUUGGGCGGCUUCGGACACGGCCCGGAUGAACUGUUGCAACUUGGGCAGCCCGCAGCGCGGCGCAGUGGCAGAGGCGGGGGCGUGAAGCCGGGAGGCGCGUGUAACCAGGAUCCUCGAAGCUCCGGAGACCCGGAGGCGAAAGGAUCCGCACAGGCACCCAGGGCAACCUGCGCGAGUGGCGGAGCCCCGCGCUCCCGCCCUAGCUCAAGGGGAGCGCAGUCGCAGCGGGGUUCAGGGCCCCAGCCCCGUGCCACAGCCACCCGCGGUGGGGGGUGGGCUGGGGGCGGGGCAGCUGGGGUUGCCUUCCCGGGCGCGAUCCCCGAGCGCGGCACCCGGCGCCGCCGAGCCACCUCCCCUGCCGCCCGCCAGCAAGUUUGGCGGCUUCGAGCCCAGAGAGCCACGGCUUUCUGAAGCACUGGUUUCUUGCUAGCGUUGGUGCACCCUGCUUGGCGGGGGUUCUCCGGAGCGAUGCCGAUGGAUUUGAUUUUAGUUUUGUGGUUCUGUGUAUGCACCGCCAGGACAGUGUUGGGCUUUGGGAUGGACCCUGACCUUCAGCUGGACAUCAUCUCAGAGCUCGACCUGGUGAACACCACCCUGGGAGUCACGCAGGUGGCUGGACUGCACAACGCCAGUAAAGCAUUUCUAUUUCAAGAUGUACAGAGAGAGAUCCAUUCGGCCCCUCACGUGAGUGAGAAGCUGAUCCAGCUAUUCCGGAAUAAAAGCGAGUUCACCUUUUUGGCUACGGUGCAGCAGAAACCGUCCACCUCAGGGGUGAUACUGUCCAUCCGGGAGCUGGAACACAGGUAGGAAACACUUUCUUCUUUUGAUUAAUUAAUUGAUUUUUUUUGGAGAGAGUCUCAUUAGAGACCCUUGGCUGGUUUGAAACUUACUAUGUAGACUGACAGCUCUUGCUCUUUUGGUGAUCGUCUUGCCUCUGCCUU